AAAGCCGAUAAACCUAAAAAAAAAUGGCCGACUGACAAAUUGCUUUCCCUAUAUUGUGUUUAUUUCUGUAAUUUUAUCAAAAUCUCCAAAAUGAAUUAGAAAAUCACACAUACUGCGUUAUCAUCGAAAGAAAUGGAGUCCAAUCUAACAUUUUUCAGUCUUCCAUUUGUGGAUGCUGAGGCUUCGGAACUUUACAAGAAUGAGCCUCAGGAGUGUGUGUACGACGACCUGCAGCCACAUGGGUCGCUGCUGGGGGCAGACGACGUGCUCGCUCAGUUCCUGACGGCCGACGGGCCCCUAGAGGAGCCCGAUCUGAACGGACCCACGACCUUGCACUGCGAGAUAUGCAAGAAGCAGUUUGAUAAUGCCAAGAAGUACUAUGGACAUCUGCGAGUCCAUUCUAAGGAUAAUCUGUGGAUAUGUGACAAGUGUCCAGGGCAGAAGUUUUCGACAAAGCAACAGCUGAUGAAACACAGUCUGUCACACAAGCCACUGGAGCGCGUGUGGCGCUGCCCUCAGUGCAGCAUGGCUUUCGAAGCAUUAUGGCGGCUCCAGCAGCAUCUCUUUGCAAAGCACCUGGAUUACAGACCUCAUAAGUGCGACCUGUGUAACAAGUCAUUUCACAAAAAAUCCGAUUUGAAGAAACACAAAGAUGUGCACAGCAACGUGAAGCAACAUAACUGUACCGUGUGUGAGGCGAAGUUCGUUGACAAAUCCAACUUGAAGCGGCACAUGCUAAGACACAACAACGAGAAACCGUUCUGUUGUCCACGAUGCAAGACUAGGUUUACACAGUUGGCAUCAUUGAAGAGGCAUCUGCAAAACUGCGCGGCGAAGGUCCCUGCGGAAGCUCCCGCGGAUAACACCACAAGGAAGAAUUACUGCCGGGCGUGUGGUAUGACCUUCCAGUACAAGAGUGCCUUGCUCGAACACUGUGUUAGACAACAUACAAACAAAAAGAAAGACGCAGAAGGAGAGAAAGAAGAGAAGCCAAGUCAAAUAAACACAGACAUUAACAGAACAGUAGACAACAUUGUCGACGACAUUCUGUCCGCUGAAGACGACUAUAUGACAAUGUCUACACAGAACGAGAUACUCAACGUGUACAACCAGACUGAAAACAACGACAACCUCAUGCACAUAGAGUUCCUCAAGGACAUGAACCAGUUACAUACGUUGGAUGACGAAUUGUUCUACAACGAUAUAGACUUCGACACGUUCCAACCCAGCCACAUAUUUAACACAAACGAUGAAUAUACAGACGAGAGGAACGGAGAAAUAUUGUUCGACUUCGCUGAUGCAGGCAGGAGUAUUGAUACAGAUAUAAUGAACGCACUCUACCAUGUCAAAGCUGAACAUUUGCCCGAUGAACUGUUGAAUGUACCAGAAGUGACUGCUGAGAAGCCUAGUGAAGUGUUACCAAAUCCUGAAGUGACAGUGAACGAGUGCGCGACCAUUUUCGAAAGCGACGUAGAUUUAGAAGCGAGUACGAAUUUGGCUGCGAACCUAAAUCAGUUGAUAGGUGAAAACAGUGUUCAGUACAUUUCGACUGAAGAUGACGAUACGUUUAUUAUAAGUUUGAACAGUGAGAUUGAUGCAGAACAAUUGACUGAUAUGUUGAAUAUAGGAGUGGAGUUAGUGAAUGAUAAUAAUAGUAAUGUUAAUGAAGAUAGAUCGGAAGUGAAUCACAGCGAGAUCUCGACAGAACUCGACCCUGUAGUAGUGAAGAUUGAGAAGCCGAUUACUGAAGUGAGUAAAGAAAUUGUGCCUUCAGAUGAGAAGGGAAACGAAGGAGUGAAGUCGAAGAGUAAAAAGGAGGUGUUCUUCGUUUGUAGGAAGUGUAAUAAGGUGUUCAAGAAGAGGGAUAACUACAGGUCACAUAUAGCGACCCACGACGCGUCCCUCCGUCGCCACGUGUGCAGUGUCUGCGGCGAGCGGUUCAGUUACCGCUCGACCCUCAACAAGCACCGCGUCGCCGCGCACGAGGUCCGCGUCACUCGCGCCUUCACGUGCGAGGUGUUGGGCUGUGGACGAACAUACAACGCUGCUUGGAUGGUAAAGAACCACAUAGAAAGAGACCACGAGAAGCUGUUACCACACGCCUGCGACACGAAGGGGUGUGGACAGAGGUUUUAUAAGAAGAGCGACCUGCGCAUUCACCAGAGGUACCACUCAGGCUCGCGGCCGCACGUGUGCGACGUGUGCGGGCGCGGUUUCCCGCAGCCCUCGCACCUGCGCCGGCACGUGCGCAGCGUCGACUGCACCAAGCACGCCAAAAAGAGAUUCAACUAAAUGCAGUAUUGGGUCCUCAUGAGGAGGUCUGUGAUAUUUACACUAGAUAAAAUAAUGUCAUAUUAUACCUAAUAAAUAGACAAUUUAUACUAAAACUCAAACUUUCAUUUCUU